GUGAGUUGCAUUUUUCCGCGAUAACGAUUUAAAGAAGUUUGUCCUUCAAGGCCCGCCGUAGCCUCUCACCACAGCUGCCGCCCGUGCUUCCGGCCACUCGACAGGAAGUGUAUGGGGAGAAGUAUCAAAACAAGGCAGCUCCACCAACAUUAGUGCUUCAUUCCACGUUUGUCCGUUGCCUGCGGGUCCUGUCAUAACCAUGGAUGGUGUGUCGGCUGUUCUAAGGUCUUUCAGUGAACAACUGGCCGCAGAAACGUUCAUCGAUGACGGGGUGGAGACGGUCACUUCAGUGGAUCAAAAAAAAGUGGAGACCAGCAUUAAGGAAGUAAUCAGUGUUUACAAACAAAUUCACAGCUUACCUGAACCAACAUUGUUGCGGGAUCAGCACUAUCAAUAUCUCAAAAAGGGCUUACGUCACCUAUCAGAUGCCUACGAGUGUCUGGAUGCUAGCAGACCGUGGCUUUGCUUCUGGAUCCUUCACAGUCUGGAGUUGCUGGAGGAACCGGUUCCUUCAGCGAUCGCCUCAGAUGUUUGUCAGUUCCUGGCUCGUUGUCAGAGCCCGACGGGCGGCUUUGCCGGCGGACCGGGGCAGUACGCUCACCUGGCGCCGACCUACGCCGCCGUCAACGCCCUCUGCAUCAUCGGCACAGAGGAGGCCUACAGUGUUAUAGACAGAGAGAAGCUGCUGGACUUCCUGUGGUCGCUGAAGCAGCCGGAUGGCUCGUUCGUGAUGCACGUUGGAGGGGAAGUGGAUGUCAGAAGUGUAUACUGUGCAGCCUCCGUAGCCUCACUCACAAACAUUCUGACUCCCAAGCUGUUUGAAGAUUCAACCAGCUGGAUCCUCAGGUGUCAGAACUGGGAAGGCGGUCUGAGUGGAGUUCCAGGUUUGGAGGCUCACGGCGGUUACACGUUCUGCGGCACCGCUGCACUCGUCAUCCUGGGGAACGAACACAUGCUGGAUCUGAAAGCCUUACUGAGGUGGGUGGUCAGCAGACAAAUGCGGUUCGAAGGAGGUUUUCAGGGCCGCUGCAAUAAGCUGGUGGACGGCUGUUACUCUUUCUGGCAAGCUGGAGUUCUGCCUCUUCUCCACAGAGCCUUAUUCAAAGAGGGGGAGUCUGAACUGAGUCGGCACCAGUGGAUGUUUGAGCAGAAGGCCUUGCAGGAGUACAUCCUCCUGUGCUGUCAGAACCCCACGGGGGGCCUGCUGGAUAAACCCGGAAAGUCCAGAGACUUCUACCACACCUGUUACUGCCUGAGCGGCCUCUCCAUAGCACAGCACUUUGGGAACAUGGACCACCAUCGGGAGAUCGUCCUCGGCAAGGAGGAGAACAGAUUGGCGCCGACUCAUCCGGUCUACAACAUUUGUCCGGAGAAGGUGGCCGGCGCCUUGGAGCACUUCCUCAAGCUGCCUGUUCCGGAUGACAGCAGACACGCGGCGGGGUUCAGCAGCAGCAAGGAGCCCGCCGCCGCCGCCGCCGCCGCUGAGCCUCAGUCGUAGUUCGUCCUCCGCAGAAGCUUCACUGUGACGGGAAACUCGCCGCGUUUGAGCGGCGAUGUGGGCUAAAGUGGGCUCCCAUGAGGACCAGCAGAGCAUCUACAGACCGUUACCAGACGAGUUCAUUUAAAAAAAAAAAAAAAAGCAAUAGCUGAAUCUGUAACUUUUUUCGCUGGACUUUUGCUUUCAGUUUCAGCCGCUCUCAAUGUUUCUUUAUUAGCAAUGAAAUAAACCUUUGUACUUUGCAGCAUCUUUUA